AUGUCUGGCUACAACGACUACGACAACAGCUCCCGCUCCGGCGGCUCCAGUGGCUACGGCCAGUCCACCUCCGGCUACGGUGACUCCAGCCGCAACGAGUCUAGCUACGGCGGUUCUACCUCUGGAUAUGACAAGUCCAGCUCGUCUGGCCGUAAUGAAUCCAGCUACGGUAGCAGUGACCGCGAUAACUCGAGCUAUGGCAACUCCGGCCGUAACGAAUGCAGCAACGGCAGCUCUGGAUAUACUGGCCGUGACACCGACAGCUACGGCCAGUCCAAGUCGAGCGGCUACGGAUCUAGUGGCCGUGAGGAAUCGAGCUAUGGCGGCUCUUCCACCGGUCGUGACAACUCCAGCUAUGACAACAGCUCUAGCAGCCGCAACGACUCCAGCUAUGGCAGCAGCGGCCGUGAUAACUCUGGCUCCAACUACGGAAACAGCUCUAGCGGCCGUAAUGACUCCAGCUAUGGCAGCAGUGGCCGUGACAACUCUGGCUCCAACUACGGAAACAGCUCUAGCGGCCGCAAUGAGUCGAGCUAUGGUAGCUCCACAACCGGCGGCGAUUCCACCUCUUCCUAUGGUGGCUCUGGCUUGAGCAACAGCCGUAACGAGUCCAGCUAUGGUGGCUCCAGUGGCCGCAACGAAUCCAGCUAUGGCAGCAGCGACCGUGACAACUCCAGUUAUGGCAAGUCAGGAUCCAGCUAUGACAACAACUCUAGCAGCCGCAACGACUCCAGCUAUGGCAGCAGCGGCCGUGAUAACUCUAGCUCCAACUACGGAAACAGCUCUAGCGGCCGCAAUGAGUCGAGCUAUGGUAGCUCUACAACCGGCGGCGAUUCCACCUCUUCCUAUGGUAGCUCUGGCUUGAGCAACAGCCGUAACGAGUCCAGCUAUGGUGGCUCCAGUGGUCGUGAUGAGUCCAACUAUGGCUCCAAGUCGGGUGGCUAUGGAAGCUCUGACUCCAGCUACGGCAACACCAGCUCCGGUGGCUAUGGCAACUCCAGCAGUGGCCGCGACAACUACUAA